CAAUGGCAGCUUCAUCAUCAUGGUCGUCAAUUAAUUGGUUUCCCGGGCCCUAAUUCUUCUGCGGGUUUCUUGUCAAGAAGAAACCACCCUAGUUAUUCGAGAUCGCAGACAACCUCAAACAACAUUAUUAAUUGUUGAAAUUAAACUUGCAGAGGUUUUGUUGCCUGCUUGAGCGCCAUUGAUCCCUCGGCCGGAAUUCCAUUGCCAGAUUCGAAUCCACUAAAGGGAUGGCUGAUUGGGGUUCUCAUAUCAGCCGUUUUACCAUUUUUCCGACACAAAUUAGGGUCGUUAAUGCAAAUCAAAAAUACUAUAAAUGAAGUGGAAGAAAUGGUGCAUAGUGUGGAAAAGAUUGCAGAGGUGGUGGACAAGGUGGCCGAAGAAAUCGGCGGGAAGCUCCCCGCCUGAAAACUGAAAGAUGCGGUGGUGAUAUUGGAACGUGCGGCCGAGAUGGCCGAUAUGGAAGCGGAAGUGUUAGGAGAAUUAAUAGAUAAGGUGGAAGAAGUGGAAGAGACGGUGGAAGACCGGGUGGAGUCGUUGGUGGAAUUGGCACACCGCCGAGCUCCGGCCGGUGGUUUCUUGUCAAGAAGAAACCCUAGUUCUGGGUCACCAACAACGUCAAAGAACAUCAUCGUCUUCGAAGGUCUGCAAGUGUCGUCGUCCGCUCGUCCGGGAGCUUAUCGUUGUCUUCGUCGUCCUCUUCAUCAUCAUAAUUGCAACUCUUCAUCUUCUUCCUCCCCCCUCAAAAAUGGCAAAAAUUGGCACACUACUAGUUAUGCCGAAAGGGGAAUUAUUGUAGCGUGCUUGAGCGGCGGCAUUGAUCCUGCAGCAAUUCCAUUGCCGCCUUCUGCUUCCUCCCCAGAUUCUAAUCCACUAAAGGGAUGGCUGAUUGGGAUUUUGAUAUCAGCCGUUAUUCCAUUUUUCCGUCACAAAUUAGGGUCCUUUAUGCAAAUCAAAAAUGCUAUAAGUGAGGUGGAAGAAGUGGUCCACGGCGUGGAAAAGGUGGCAGAGGUGGUGGACAAGGUGGCCGAAGAUAUCGGCGGGAAGCUCCCCGCCGGGAAAUUGAAAGAUGCGGUGGGAGUAGUGGAACGCGCGGCUGAGAAGGCCGACAAGGACGCGGAGGCGUUAGGAGAGAUAAUCCACAAGGUGGAAGAAGUGGAAGAGACGGUCGAAGAGGGCGUGGAGUCGUUGGUGGAGUUGGCGCGCCACCAAGCUCCGGCCGGUGGUACAUAAAAUACUCCAUAUAGACCUGCCGCCAAAAUAGAAAUUUUUUAAAACUAAUUGAGUUUGACAAAAACAUUACUUCAAUCUAUUUUGUCAAACUCUCUAGUUCACUACUGUUCUGUCCUAUAUUUUUUUUCACUUUUGACUUUGUUAAUAAAAAAUUAUACCCUUCUUGUUUUAAUUCAAUUUGUAUAUUUUUUAUUUAUAUAAUCAAACUUUUACCAUAACAUCAUUGAAUUCCAUGAUAAAAAAUGUGUGAAAUGAAACACUAAAUUUUUAAAUUAAAUUUUUAUAAUUGGUCCUUAAUAAUAAGUUUCUCUAUUU